AUUUAAUGGCCAGGUAGCGGGCUUCAAAGAGGUGCCGCUUAGGCGCUCGCCCGAGCCCAAGCGCCAGGCGCUUCGGGCGAGUGCUCAGUUUAAACUAGGUGACUGGCUGCGGCAACGACAACGGAGAGGGGCAGCGAGCGCCCGAUUAGUUGGUUCGAUUGAACCAACUAACGCAUGCAUAUCAUCCUUCCCCUCGCGACUUCCCCUAACCCUACGCCUGAUUCCACUGUCUCUCUCUACCGUUACCACUGUUGUUGCCUCUCUCUGCUACCAUUGCUUCUCUUCGUUAUCGCUGCUUUCCGCUACCGCUGUCGUUGUUUUCCACUGCCAUUACUGCUGCUCUCCGUUGCCACUACCAUUGCCUCUCUCCGCUGCCACUGCUCUCCGUUGUUGCCCGCUAUCGCUGCUCUCCGCUACUGCUUGUUGCUGCUGUCGUUGCUCUCAGGCAACAGCCUCUUGUCCGCGACUCAGUUCUCACCUCAUCUCGGUCUCCUUCUCACACUCUACUCUUCUCUUCUACUAUUAACAGUAGAAAAUAUUUUAAAAUAUUAAAAUAUAUUUUUUAUGUUUUAAUAUUUUAGAGUGCCUUGCUUCGCUCGAUUGAGCGCCUAGUGCCUUAAGCGUUUUGGGACCUCGGCGCCUAGCACUUUUUAAAUAACCGAUAUAUAUAUAUAUAUAUAUAUAUAUAUAUAGCCCCAUAACUUGGGGAGAAGGGGUGUCUCCUCACAAAGGGGGUUGAGUGACCAGGCUCGGGUGAUUAUUUACCAAAGACACAAGUCUUUGCAAAGUCGUAAGGCCAUGCAUGGGGGCUGACACCUGCCUAGUGCUAGAAGGUCAAGGAAGUUGGUGACCUAAUGAUAGGGGAGCCAGCGAUUGAAGCCUCCGUGAGCGGCGGCCGUAACUAUAGUGGUCCUUAGGUAGCGAUACUCUUUUUCGGGUAAGGUCCGACCCGCACAAAAGGCAUAACGAUCUGGGAACUAUCUAAGAUAGAGGCUCGGUGUAAUAGACAUGUUUGUGAAGAUGAGGACUAUCCACACCUAGACAAAAAGGCCCUAUGAAGCUUUACUGUUCCUUAGGAUUGGCCUUUGGGCCUUUCUUGUGCAGCUUAGGUGAAAAGCAAAGAAUACAUGUUUACACUUAUUUAUGUUUUGUUACUUUUUGGCUGUGACCUUAUAGGAAUGUUCUUUAAUGUUUCCAUACUGCUAAUGUCCUGCAUCUAAAAGUGAAAUCACAUGCUUGGGAGAUUUUAAUUGAUUGUUUUUGUUGUGAGGGUUUUGGAGUGUUGGUCUCACAAUAAGGCUGUCGUUUUGUGACUUGGAUGACCAGUGAGUCCUGGAAGCUACCUCUCUGCUGGCAGAUAAAGACACAUGGUCUUCAACUAUCAGCUGCGAGGGCUUCGGUAAAGUCUGUGAAUGGUGGGGUGAUGACAAGGGAAAUUACUCUUCAACGCAAACUUCCAAACAGUACAAGGGAGAAUGGAACAGUAUUGCACAAAAACAAAGAAGCUUUUCUUCGAUAUGAACUUUUAACGGAUUUGCAGAACCAGCUAACAAGUGUCCUCUUAAAGCAAAAGCAUGCAAUGAAUUCUAAAAAUUCCUACCCAUCCUGUUUGGUAGAACAAAUGCCUGGAAAUGCUACCACUUCUCAAUCAUCCGAUAAAGGUAGCAAAGAUGCUUGUUGCCAGAUUGUUCCUGGGGAUGCAUCUCUCAAUCAAGGUGUGGUGAAUAUUCAUGUCACUGAACUGUCAAAAACUACAAUACUAUCAGAGAUCAAGAGUGGGCAAAAAAGAAAGCAAAGUCCUAUCAUUGUGACUCCUGCAUGGUCUUAUAGUGAAGCAUCAUCUGAAGCAUCUGAAAUCCAUCAACCAGUUAGUUCACAGGGUGAGAAAGCAAGUAAGAUCAAUAUUUGGAAAGGAGAUGCACACUCUUCAUCGCUAGCUUCUUCCUACAGGAAAAGCAUUGUGAUGUGUUUACAAGGACGUGAAAAAGGUACUAGCUGGCCAUCAACUUGUUGUCUGGGUGGCUAUGCAGGAAGAAAUCAGGAAAGAUGGAUCUCAUUUCUUCAGGGUUGGAGGUCACUUGGUAAACAGUUUGAAGGGCCAGCAGUGUGGCUUAGCCGAAGAAACUGUUCAUCAUGGAUUCCUACAUGGUGUGCCUACACAUCCAGUGUAGCUGUUGCUCAACCCAAUGAUAGGCAAGGCAUCCAAAAGGUUCUUGAUGUAAGAUUUCACCCAGAAGGGCUGCCUCAACUGGUGUGUAGUUCUAAUCAGGCUCCUAAUGAGUUACUACUCUAUAACCUUCUUUCUGGAAAGGCAGUGCAACUUAGUGGUCAUAAUUGUCAGAUCCAGGCUGUUGAAUUUGCAGCAAGGGGUGCUAGUAUAGUAUCAUGUGGUUCCAACUUGUUGAAGGUUUGGGACUGCACAACUGGUUCUUGCCUCUUUAACUUGGGACUGAUUGGUGGUGACCGAGCUUCAGUUGGACACAAGGAAAAAAUUAUUGCUAUGACGGUCAAUCCUUGGCAGUCCUGUCUUGUUGUCACCAGUGGUGCAAAAGGAGAUGACAAACUUCUACUGUGGGAUGCUUUGAGAGGUGAACUUGAUGCUGAUCUGAAUUCAAAUUUGAGAACGAGAGACCAGGUUCAUCCUUUGGUUGUUGCAAUGGAGUUCUGCAGUGAAAAUAUUCUGGUGUGCGGAAGUGAUUGUGAAUAUAGUGGUUCUGCUAUCGUGCAACUAUGGGAUAUUGAAUCUGCAGAAUCCUGUCUUUCAUUCACUGCAAAUGAUUCUUAUAUUACUUCUCUGAAGGUAAAUCCAGCUGGCAACACUAUCAUCACAGGUGCUGGCGAUGGGACCAUUGGUUUGUUUGAUGUCCGGACAUGUGGUGCAAUCAAUCAUCUCUCUGUGGGGUCUGGUUUUGAGGUGACAUCUGUUUCUUUUAGCAACUGUGGAACCUAUUUUACUGCCUCCAGUACAUCAAAUAACACCUUGGUAUGGGAUACACGAAUCUUGCCAUUGAACCAUGGGCAAAUAGCCCAUGAUAGCAAUGAUAUGCGAUUCUUAAGACCUUUGCACUGUUUAAACCAUGGAAAGCAAAUGCCGACCGCAGAAUAUGCAGGUCAACUUCCUGGCCAUGUUGACAAGGGUAAUCAAGGUGUAAAUGAUUCUCGAUGGCUUCAUAGAGAGCCUAUACUAGUAACUGUGAGCGGUGAUGGGAGUAUUGCAAUGUGGAAUGUUUCCCUAGGUCAACCCUGUAUCAGACAUAUCUUUGGCCAUACAAGAUGCAUUAAUACUAUUGCUGUAGCUCCAAAUGAUGAAUACUUGUGCACAGGCGGAGAUGAUCAAAAGAUUGUUUUGUAUCACAACAAAAAUGGAAGUACCGGCUCAAAUUGGCGACUGUCUCAUCCACUGGAGGAUAUUUAGAAUCUUCUAAAAAUGGUUGCUCGAGUCUCGUGCUGGCAGUUUGUGCAUUGAAGGUGAAUACAUAUAUGGCUUUGGUGGUCAUCAGACUACUGGCAAUGAUUCCACUCUCAUGCAACUACAAUUGGCACAUCCUCGGGUGCAAAGGUACAAUGGAUAACAAACUGUUACUACCAAUCAUGAUGGUCGUGUGAUGGAGAUAUCUCUUGAGCAUGUUAAUUUAAAACACAUUUCCAUAGCCAAGAAAAAUCAAUGAGUUGGAGUAAAAGCGUCAUGUUUUCUGAAGGUGUCUAUUUUUAGGAUCAAGGACUGUUUCAUAUGCGCCCUUGACAUUUUGCCCAGUCUUUUAUAAUCACUUGUUUCAGUGACAUUAUUGAUGUUGAGUGCAGCUGUUGGAUUAUGAUAGGAACGGUCUCGAAGUUA